AUGGCGAUGGAGGUUGUUCAAGUACUUCAACACUUGGGCCAUGACCAUCCAUUGAUGCUCAUAAAACCAGAGGAAACAGAUGAUAGUUGGGAUCUUUCUUGCUACGGCUGUCAACAACCAAUUUCGAUUUCGUCGUCCGCCUCCUCCUACUACGGUUGCAAGCGAUGCGUGUUUUUCCUGCACAAAUCAUGCGCCGAACUACCUCACCAUAUGACCCACCCUUCUCACCCUCAGCACCCACUCACUCUCCAUCCAAACCCAAUUUUAGGGAACGUAUGUGAUGUCUGCAGAGGUAGUGGCAACAGAUUCUUAUACCGUUGCUACGACUGCGACUAUGAUAUUGACAUUAAAUGUGCUUUGGUGGUGCUAAGUAUCCAACAGAGUAUCGAGCACACAAGUCACCCACACCAAUUGAUCCCCAUGCGAAAGGAAUCCACGUUCUCGUGUGACGCUUGCGGUAUAAAACACGAAGGCACGUCUUUCCUAUGUACCACCUGCGGAUUCUGGAUUAACCAGAAAUGUGCAUCAUCGCCUAUCAACCUCAAACUUAACAAUCACCAUCACCACACUCUAUCCCUCAUCUACAUUCUUCCAGAACGCCACGAAUGUCAAAUCUGUUCCGAAGAAAUUUGCCGAAGAAAUUGGGCUUAUUCUUGUUCUGAGUGCCACUAUCGUACCCAUUUACAUUGUGCUUUGUUGGAUAAAGGCCAUUCCACGUACACAUCCGCCUUGCAACUCUUUUCCUUUCUCCUUGUCAAUGAUUUUCUCUGUCUUUGUUUUUUUUAUUUGUUCAUAUAA